AUGGUUGAUGGUAAAGAUCACUUUGAUUUGUUAGUUGAGUCGACGACUCCUUCGACGCUCCAGAAGAAUUACGCGGCGUCUGAAUUACGCGGACGUGAAGACGAAGUUAUGAAACGAUGGAAAAGACUAUUGGCAGAGGCAGAGUUCCAGAGCUCAAAGACCUAUGUGGAUGGAUGCUCCAAUUUGUCAGUCAACUUGUCAGUCAACUUGUCAGUCAACUUGUCAGUCAACUUGUCCGAUAGCUUGAAUGAACUGAACUACCUUGACUUUUUUGAUAACUUAUGGAAGCUGUUUGUCACGGAUCAAGCCCAGACUAUAAGGGAUUAUCAUCGCAGAAUGUUGAAGGGAAAAGUAGACGGAAUUCAAGCGACCAAUAAUAUGGUAAAUCGGGUGAUGGAUCAAGCGCCCGAUCAGGUGGUGGCAGACUCAGGUGGUGUACCCCUAAAGCCAGCCAUUGUGAGUACAGUGAAUAUCAUCCGAUACUGGCAGACCGUGGUGGUUCCUCUUUAUAAAAAUUUGUCGUCUGAUAUAUGUCAUGGCUCCAGAAAGGAUCGGAAGAUGAUAGUGGCUAGAGAGUGUUCGAAAAUACUGAAGGCGUCACUGUUAAAUCGAGCCGUUUGGCUGAUUGAAUACCUAUGGACAGACUGGCUGAGACAGAAGUAUCUGGAAGCCACCGUUUUGCCAUUUAUUGUUGAAUUGCGAAUACUCUUGUUCGGUCUGGAUUUAAAUAUUCAAUGGGUGUCCACUCUUAUUGAACAACAUGGUGGUUCCAAUAUAGGUGAUUUGAAGCAAAGCGGUUCGAACCACAAUGGCGGGGACUUUGAUAAAGGCGACAGACUUUUGGGGACGAAAGCUCAGGCCGGCGACAUCUCGGCACCGGUUAAGGUAUCUGACCGGAUUCCUGCGUUCAAGCACCAUCUACAUAAGGACGAGUUCUUUACCUUGCUCGGUUUGUCACCGGAUCAAAGACAUAUGCUUUUGAAGACGCAGAAUUUUGCAACAAAUGAAUUUGUUGAUUCUUACGAAGGGAUAAAGGAUUGUGGCAGGGUCCCUUCAUCGAUUGACCCGGCUUCGUUGCUUCCUGACGUUGUUCCUGAUGUCCCUCCCACUGUCAGAGCCGGUCUGUGUGCACACACAGAAUUGUGUGCACACACAGAAUUGUGUGCACACACAGAAGAUGUGUGUGCAAAUACAGACGGUGUGAGUCAGCACAAAAGAACCGUAGAGUGCAACAGCCAGCAGCAUCGUCAUCCCCCGUGCGGGCAGGAGGAUGGUCGGGCGGUCGACCCUCCAGACAAGAUGUCUGCGACAAUCUCGCACGGAGACAUGCAGGAUGCGGCGGUUGCGAAAGAGUUAUUGGAACAGUUUAAUGUGAUUGUGGAUCGGAUCAAAAUGAUAGCGUUCAUCUCGGACAGUGCGUCGGAGGAGGUGGACAAGUCGGCGUACGUGCUGGUGAAAUUGAUUCAGGUGUUAACGUGUACGCGCAAAGCCACUCCCAGGGAGCGAGUAAGUGGCAUUGAGAAGUGGUCGACUUUGUAUAACGCGUGGAUCCAGAAAGCGACCGUCUUGGAGCAGGUGGAAAUCAACUCCCGCCAGUUGAAGAACAACUCCGAGCGAGUGGUGGGCAUCUUCGUCAGUCUUUUCGGGCCGCACACGAAUCUCUUUCUGAUUAAUUUGGCCUCGCUCAUCUGCGAAAAGGUGCUCGAAAUCACUGAGGCGGAGGUGCGACUUGAACGGACGACCGAGACUCCGGAGCCUCCGGCCCUCCCGCAGCUGGAGCGCCGGGUAACGAAUGCCGACCACUCCGCCCCUUCGUCCGAGAACUCCAGGGAAUGUCUCCAACUCCCGGGUGAUGAACCAGCGGCGGCGGCAGGCGGAACGCUUGACCGGUCCGACCAGUCCGAGCGGCGGGGUUCCUCCGAGGCCCGUUCCUCUGAGGCCCGUUCCUCUGAGGCCCGUUCCUCCGAUGAGUGCAUCAAUCUUAACAAAAGCGAGGAGUGCCUGGGGCGAAAAGGUUCAUUGCUGGGGAGCGGCACGUCGCCGGUUCGCGGUCUACCGUUGUUGCGCGUGUUACGGGGCGUGGUUCGCGUGCCGUUGGAGCUGCGUCUAAAGCGCGAGGAGGGGGAGCGUUUCUUCCGGCAGUGUCGCGAUAUUUUGGAAUUGCUGGGUCGAAAGAAAUCGUUCCGUGAUUUGCCAGAGUACUCCAUCUGUCAGCAGCUGCUGAGGGAUGAAUUACAGGGUCGGUACGGGAGUGGUGGAUUGCGGCUACGUGUAUUGUCACGGUACCCAUGGCGUGCACAUACACAAAAGGGCGUGCUCAACGAGGACCUGUCGGACGGCAUCAGCGAAGAAGACCAGGCCUGUGCUGCAUGGCUGACUGGCAACGGAGACAGCGCAUUACGACGCCGACUCCUGACGCUCAAGAGCGCCUACGAACAACACAACGCACAACGAUCACUUAUGUUCGAUACCGAACUCUCGCGCGUUCGUCUCCGCAUUACUUACGGACCUGACCCGCUCUCCGCCAAAACCGCCAUCGUCCAAGUCGACCUACUCACCGCUGAAAUACUCGCCACACUCAGCUCCACCUCCAACGCAGAAAACGACCGAGCAAACAAAAUACAAACCGUCGCCACACGACUCAACCUGCCCCAGUCCAUGGUCGAAGAACACCUAGGCAAACUCCAACUACCGACAGCGGGCUAG